GAACUGAUCCUUCUGGCUGUAAUCCUACUUUCCACUUCUCUAAUGGGUUGAAAUUGCAUGGCACGAAUGUUCUUCUUCGUUACAUUGGUAGAGUUUCCAAUUUGUACGGCCAGAAUGCAUAUGAAUCUGGCGAGAUUGAUGAGUGGCUAGAAUAUGUUUUGGUCUUUUCAUCUGGCUCUGAAUUUGAGAAUGCAUGCAACUAUGUGGACAAAUAUCUUGAGAAGCGUACUGUUGUGGUUGGUCAGUGUUUGUCAAUAGCAGAUAUAGCAAUCUGGUCAGCUCUUGCUGGAACUGGGCAAAGAUGGGAAAGUUUGAGGAAAUCAAAGAAGUACCAGAACCUGGUACGGUGGUUCAACUCAGUAUCUACAGAAUAUAGCGACUCCUUGAAUGAAGUCACGUCAAUGUAUGUUGGUAAGAGAGGAGUGGGAAAGCCAGUGGCAGCUAAAUCAAAAGAGCAACAGGGUGUCCAACAAUCAAAAAGUGUGAAUGCGGAUGUUUCCGAAAAGGGAAAAGCAGGCAGCCGUCAAUCUUUUGAAGUAGAUCUUCCUGAUGCUGAAAUCGGCAAGGUGCGUUUGCGAUUUGCACCAGAACCAAGUGGUUAUCUUCACAUUGGGCACUCAAAAGCAGCACUAUUGAAUCAGUAUUUUGCCCAGAGGUACCAAGGUCAGCUGAUUGUGCGUUUUGAUGAUACAAACCCUGCUAAAGAAAGCAAUGAAUUUGUUGACAAUCUUUUGAAAGACAUUGAGACAUUGGGGAUCAAGUAUGAAGAAGUUACCUAUACUUCAGAUUAUUUCCCAGAUUUGAUGGAAAUGGCUGAGAAUUUGAUUAAACAGGGCAAGGCUUAUGUUGAUGAUACACCACGUGAGCAAAUGCAGAAAGAAAGGAUGGAUGGGAUUGAACCAAAAUGUAGGAGCAAUAGUGUAGAGGAGAAUAUGAAAUUGUGGAAGGAAAUGAUUUUGGGAUCUGAAAGGGGUGUGCAGUGUUGUCUUCGUGGGAAGUUAGACAUGCAAGACCCUAACAAAUCUCUCCGAGAUCCAGUCUAUUAUCGUUGCAAUCCACUUCCCCAUCAUUGAAUUGGGUCCAAGUACAAGUUAUACCCAACAUAUGAUUUUGCAUGUCCUUUUGUUGAUGCUAAAGAAGGAAUAACUCAUGCACUUCGUUCUAGUGAGUAUCAUGAUCGCAAUGCUCAGUAUCAUAGAAUUCAAGAGGAUAUGGGAGUAAAGAAGGUUCACAUUUAUGAGUUUAGCCGGUUGAAUAUGGUCUAUACACUUCUCAGCAAGCGUAAGCUUCUCUGGUUUGUUCAAAAUGGAAAGGUUGAUGGGUGGGAUGAUCCUCGGUUCCCAACUGUUCAAGGAAUUGUGCGAAGGGGUCUAAAAGUUGAGGCUUUGAUACAGUUUAUUCUUGAACAGGGGGCUUCGAAAAAUCUCAAUCUCAUGGAAUGGGACAAACUUUGGACUAUAAAUAAGAAGAUUAUUGAUCCUGUGUGUCCUAGACACACUGCUGUCAUUGAAGAGAGACGUGUACUUUUGACCCUUACCAAUGGUCCUGAUGAACCAUUUAUUCGCAUCAUGCCAAGGCAUAAGAAAUAUGAAGGUGCUGGAGAGAAAGCCACGACAUACACAAAGAGGAUAUGGAUAGACCAAGCUGAUGCCGUAUCCAUCUCAGUAGAUGAGGAGAUUACCUUGAUGGAUUGGGGGAAUGCCAUAGUGAAGGAAAUAAGUAGGGACCCGGAUGGGAAUGUCACACAGUUGACAGGUAUUCUGCAUCUGGAAGGAUCUGUCAAGACCACAAAGUUGAAGCUGACCUGGCUACCUGAAACAAAUGAAUUAGUUAACCUCACAUUGAUGGGAUUUGACUACCUUAUCACAAAGAAGAAGCUUGAAGAAGGAGAGGACUUCCUCGAUGUGCUCAACCCAUGCACAAAAAUCGAGACUCCAGCAGUUGGAGAUUCAAACAUGCGGAAUCUGAAACGUGGAGAUGUUUUGCAGCUAGAGAGGAAGCUACUACUAUUGAUGUUCCUUCACCAGCCCUCAAAGCCUGUUGUUCUGUUUGCAAUUCCAGAUGGGCGCCAGCAAACGUUCUUGAAGUAAGACCUUUCUCAUUUUUGUCCAAUACUUUGUUGUUAUCAAUGAACCAUGAUCAGAAGUUUUGAACUCUCUCCCCUGUUUCGAAGUCUUGUAUUUGGAUACACAUCUAUGGACAUUGUUGACUUAAUUACUGAU